AUGUUGCCUACACCUCCAGCUACACACCCAGGUAGCAACCAGUCUGGCCGCAGGCGACGGGCCGAAAAUUCGUCUUCGUCAUCUGGAGAGAGCACCAGGGGCGUUUUUGGCAUCUCCUGUAUCAAAUACCGGGUUGGAACGCCGCCCCUGCCCCCUGCUCCAUUCGAAUACGAGCCCGGUGUCGAUGUCUUGGGGUCCUCCAAAGGAAGCUUGAGCAGCAUCUUGGGUCAGAAAGCGGUGGAAAUCUUGGGAAAAAACGACAUCUGUCAAGCAGUUCAAGAUGACUAUGACCCUUGUAUGGACAGCGGCUUUUCUGUACUCGACAACAUCCCAGAACUCGUCCGACGAACAACUCCCCACGACCGCUCGAACUGCGACAAUGUUCUGGCCAUCACUGCUUGGUGGGAUUCUCGGUCGCUGAUCGCCUGGGAAAAGGCAGUCCGAGAAAUCAAGGAGGUCAUCGAUCGAAUUCUAGACCAUCAUGGUCUCAAAGAUGUCGAGAUUGGGGUAGAAAUACAGGCCCCCGAGGUUCGAUGGAAGAAGACGCUGUCCGCAGUCACUGGCCAGCCUGAGCUUUCUCGGGACUGGCCGGAUAUCAAAGCCAAGGUGGCUAGGAUUCUUGAGGGCUUCGAGGCGACCAAAGGGCAUAUCUACGAGAGUGCCGAGAAGUACUGGAGCCCUGUAGAGGAAGCCAUACAGGGAUAUCUUGACACCUUGCCAUAUGGCUUGGUGGUCCACAUAGAGAACAACACGAUGGUGGUGGCUGGAUUCGAUCUACAAGAGCCCACGUCGGGCCAGAAGGAGAUUGCCAGAGACUACAACCUCGCGAUCCCUGGAGAAUAUACGCAGCGCCCGGGACCUGGUCAAGACAUCUGUGCUUCGCGGUACAUGUUUCGAGCCGAUGGGAAGAAACUGUGCUCUACUGUGGGGACAUUGGGCUGCUAUUUGCAGGUCAAGACAAGAAGACAUCCCGAAUGGACCAAGUACGCACUGACGAACUACCACGUCGUGAGGAAUUGCAUCGAGGGCAACGUCUAUGGUGUCCGCAGCAACGGGGAGACCGACGAACAAAGGCCACUUCCAGGGUCGGCACUGGCCAGGUCUUAUAUCAAUGGUUUCAUCCCCGACGAGACGCCAAACAUGUCGUCAGUUGAGAACCCAAGCCGACUCAAGCACAACUACACGGUUUGGUCCGCCGGUCAAAGUAUUGCUUAUCUGGAAAACAAGGCGCAAAAAUCAAGAACCGAGUUUGAGGACCUAGCCCUCUUCCGCGCUCGGCAGAAUGAGAGGAUUCAGUUCUUCGACGAGGGCAAGAAUGAGCUUGGCUCACUUUGGUGCGGCUCGGGGCUCAAGAACCGAAGUCCUGGAAACCGCCGCCUGGACUGGGCGUUGCUUAAAGUCACGGAGAGCCGCCAGGGCUCAAACAGCCUACCAAGCCGGGAGUAUUGGGUUAGCGAGUACAGCUUGAAGGAGUAUAUUCCUCCGAUGACUACAGCCCUCGUAAAUCCCACUGAAGACGAGACACUGCAAAAGGCCUGUGAACGGCAUGACCUGGUCUUCAAAAUCGGAGCCUCGACGCAAUUGACCGCAGGCAGAUUCUCCAACCAUGAAGCGGACAUCAGUCUCCCCUGGGACCGCCACAUCCCUGAAGCGACACGGUCAACAGAGUCCUGCUUCUUGGUCGACGACAGCACUUUUCGGACUCGCCGCCCAAUAACACUGCGCGGUGACUCGGGCGCUGUUGUUUACAACGAGAGCGGUGCAGUUGUGGGUCUCUUGUUUAGCGGACAGACGCCCCAGCAGAGCACUUCCGGCUACAUGCUUGUGACGCCAAUCCAAGACGUCUUCGAAGACAUCAAGAGGUUGUCCAAGGGACAGGUCACGGACAUUCGGGUGGCUGUUGAUUAG